UUAAUUCAUUCGCUCGAUCAUUCAUUCUUUCACAAUUUUAUUGGGCGUUUUAAUCGUAUUGUUUUCCAUCCCAUUAUUGCGGGUAAUGAAAUCAGACAUUUUAAUUGAAUUUUUUACUGUUACAGCUUUAGAGAUUGUACACAAAGGUAUCAUGUCACGUGCGGCUUAUCUUGGCCACUUACGUUACGUUCUAAAUAUAACAAAGUAUUCCAAACAGUGGCAAUUGAGACAUACAACAAAAUCAUUCUUGCCAUGAUUAUAAAUUAUUCUAAAUUAUUAUUAUAUUAUUCUUAUUGCUCCCUUAUUACUCCUCCGCUUCCACGUAAUUAUCAAUCUCUCUAACGCGUGCUCCAAAAUAAUUCGAUAAAUCGUGCGAAGCAAUAAGAGGCAAGACUGCUAAUAAACUCCGUUCCUAUAAAAGAAGGGAACGUACGCAUUGAAUCGCUCAAUCACAGAAGGUGUACAGCAGUGCUCGGACAAUCGUUUGAUAAAUUAUAUUAUCUCGAAAACAAUAUGCAGAGCGAUAAAAUCAUAUUAAUUGCGACAUUAAUCGCAAUUCUGUGCUUGGAAGGUCAUUUAAUCGUGGGUGAAUAUUGCUACGCUGACGAUCCACAUCCUUACUUGUUGUUCGGUAUCAGAACAGCGUAUAAGAAUGUUCGGGGCACGAUAACCGAUUCCAUGAUACCAAACUGCGAGCCAUUGCAGAUUUGGAUGUUGUUGAAGCACGGAAGCAUAUCACCGCCUAAAUAUUGGAGCAUGAGGCUGAAAGAUGACCAUAAUAUGGAGAUUAUUAAACGUGACCUCGCGCACAGCAAAGCGGGACGAAUGUGUCGAAAGGAUUACGAAAGGAUCAAACAUUGGAAUAAUUACGAAUACAUCGAUAAAAAGAAGAUAUGGAUAUUGUCGAAGGAGGGAGAAUUGGGAAUGAUGCGGCUUGGCCAACGAUUGAAGAGCUAUUUCCCGGAGCUGAUCCAAUGCCGCCCGGUCAACACCUUGAAGAAGCAGUAUUAUUUCAGGGCGAUGAACGCUCAACGAUCGAUAGCAAGCAUGAGAUCCUUGAUCAAAGGCCUUUUCGGUAACAUAAAUUUCGACAACGUGGACAUACGGAACACGUCCCACGAUAAAAUAUUGCAGUACCAUCUGACACGAAAAGAAUUUUUCGACUAUUACAACACGAGGGAUCUGUUCGUGUUCAACGAUGAAUUUCGUAAACUGAUCAACGGCAUUCGUCGGCGAUACGACUUGUCCAGCGAUCCUGCCCACUUCAUUUACGCAUUCGACCAACUCCUCGAUGCGAACUACGUUUGCAUGCGCGAGACGUCUUGGUAUCCGAACCGAAAGUCCCCGUGGUGCGCCAUGUUCACCAAGGAAGAGCUAAAAUUCUUCGCCAUAUACAUCGAUCGAUAUCUAUAUCGGUCACCCCCAUACUUUCAAAAACACAUGCAGACCGCGUGCCCAAUUCUGAAGGACUUGUACAUACACUUCACGAAUUUGGAAAAGGGGAACGUGCACGAAGAGCCGAAGGGUAUAUUCUACUUCGGCGAUUUCCACUCGUUGAUGUUUUUCUACAGUUUAUUGGGACACCUGGACGGCGACGCGCCUAUGCCGCUUAAUUUCACCCUUCAUGACUUGAGAAACAGAAAAUACGAUCUGAGCUAUCUGAUACCGUACAACGGGAACGUGGCGGCCAUCUUUUACAAAUGCAGCGACGGGUUCAAGGUGAAACUGUACUCGAACGAGAAACCACUCAAUUACAAAGGAUGCCCUCACGGUACGUGCGAGUGGGGCUAUUUCAAGAAGGUAUUGAGGAACAUCGCGCUCAAGUGUAAUGUAGAUAUAUGCAACUUACCUUAAAUUUUACUUUGACGAGUUGUUGAGUAAGUAAA